UCUCUUGAAUGGGUGUAUCAUUCUCAUGUCCCUUCGCCGAGCAAGAAGACGUGGAGGCUGCUCUAGACUCCAUCACGGUUAAGUCCAUAAGCUUAGGUGAUGAUGACGAGUGCAAAACUCCAAAGAGAUCUGUCAACUUUAACGACAAAACUCUAGAGCCCACGAUCUUGAAAUCUGUGGGAUCUGGUGGUAAAAUGGUUGUUGAGAAAUCUGUUAGCUUCAAAGGGAUGCAGCUAGAGAGAAUGAUCUCUCUUAACAGGUCUGUCUUGAAAGAAGAUCACACCAAAGAGAAUGGAUUUGAGUUAGACAAUGCCAUCUCAGUUCUUGAUCCGAGUAACCCCAAGCAUGAAGCUGCUAUUAAGUUACAGAAAGUUUACAAAAGCUUCCGUACUAGGCGAAAGCUCGCUGAUUGUGCAGUGCUUGUGGAGCAAAGCUGGUGGAAACUUUUGGAUUUUGCUGAGCUGAAGAGAAGUUCUAUAUCAUUCUUUGAGAUUGAGAAACACGAAACCGCAGUUUCAAGGUGGACUAGGGCUAGGACUAGAGCUGCUAAGGUUGGUAAAGGUUUGUCAAAGAAUGAAAAGGCACAAAAGCUUGCUCUUCAACACUGGCUUGAAGCUAUUGACCCGAGACAUCGGUAUGGACACAACCUGCACUUUUACUACAACAAGUGGCUUCAAUGUCAGAGUAGAGAACCUUUCUUCUACUGGCUUGAUAUUGGAGAGGGGAAAGAAGUAAAUCUUGUGGAGAAGUGUACUCGUUUGAAACUUCAGCAACAGUGUAUCAAGUACCUUGGUCCGAUGGAAAGGAAAGCUUAUGAGGUUGUUGUGGAAGAAGGAAAGUUCUUCUACAAGAACAGUGGAGAAAUGCUUCAAACUUCUUCAAUGGAAGAUAGUGAUUCCAAGUGGAUCUUUGUGCUCAGCACAUCUAAAGUGUUGUACAUUGGGAAGAAGAAGAAGGGAACGUUUCAACAUUCAAGCUUCUUAGCUGGAGGAGCUACUGUUGCUGCAGGAAGAUUAGUUGUUGAGAAUGGUGUUCUUAAGGCUGUUUGGCCACAUAGUGGACAUUACCAACCUACUGAAGAGAACUUCUUGGACUUUCUCUCUUUCCUUGGAGAGAACAAUGUUGACAUCACUGAUGUAAAGAUGAGUCCUACAGAUGAAGAUGAGUUCUCUAUUUACAAACAGAGAAGCACUCAUAUGAGAAACCAUUCUCUGGAAGAGGAUUUGGAGGCUGAGAAGACAGUGAUGGCUGAUCCAAGAGAGGAAGAAACAACAACAGUGAUGGCUAAUAUCAAAACACCAAUAAUGAUGGAGUCUUCUAGUACAUUUGACUUAGAACAAGAAUCAAUGCCUUCAGAGCAAAGCUCAAACAGGGGAGGAGGAGUUGAAGAAGAAACCAAGGAGAGUGAAGUAGUUAAGAUUCCAGAAGAAUCAAUCCUAAAAAGAAUAAACUCAAAGAAGGGAACUAAAUCUUUCCAACUUGGGAAACAACUAUCAUGUAAAUGGACAACAGGUGCAGGACCAAGGAUUGGCUGUGUAAGAGAUUACCCAUCAGAGCUUCAGUUUCAUGCACUGGAACAAGUCAACUUGUCUCCGAGAAGUGCUUUUGUUUCAAGACUCUACUUCUCCUCCUCCUCUCGAACGCAAAUGCCUCAUAUGUCACCGUUAUGGCGAGGAAUGUCAUUACCUGCAGACAUCACACAAUUAUAAGUGAUGGAAAGUUAUUUCUGAUCUGAUCUAUUCUUUUUGUGUGAAUAGAGAAGAUGAUGACUUAGAAAUUCUUUUGUAUUCUUUU